UGUCUUUGUUCCUCCACUCAGAAUCUCUCCCCCUCUCACUUUCUACUCCGCAGUGUCUCUCUCCCCCACUCUCUCUAUACUCUCCUUUACUUCCAUUACAGUAUUACACCGGUCUGGAUGAUUGCAGAGACAGCAACAUGGCUGUGAAUCUCRGCAAGAACAGACUGGCCCUUCUAACAGCCUACCAGGAUGUUAUCAACGAGACCUCGUCCACUGACUGGGCCUUGUUCUCAUAUGAGGGCAACAGCAAUGAUUUGACCCUGGCAUCAUCAGGAGCUGGAGGUCUACCAGAGAUCACAGUGACCUUCGAUAAUGGCCGGGUCAUGUACGGCUUCUGCAGCCUGAAGGAGCCCACGGCCGCACUGCCGCGCUACGUCCUCAUCAACUGCUGUUUCCUUGUACCCAUCUCUCUCUCUCUCUCUCUGCAGACAGCAGAACCUAGCUAUGAGGACCUGGAGAAGGAGAAGGAGUCUGAAGUGGAGGAGGCGAAAGCCCUCAUUGCCCAGCGGGCAGACAACCCCAGGGAGUUCUUUAAGCAGAAGGAGAAGGCUGUAGCUACUGGUUUGGACAUCUCCCCUGUCUCUAGCCACAGGACCGGCCGUUUGGACAGCCCGUUACCAGGCCGUUUGGACAGCCCGUUUUUGAAGCAGCAGCACAGUCCCAGCGAGCCCAGUCCGCCCCCCCUCAGCACCCCACCUCACGCGAGGCUGCAGCCCACUGCACCCGAUGGCGAUGAUGAAGGGAGCUUAGAUCACAGUAUGGGAACGUCCUCAACGCCAAUCCCCAAAAUAGUCACCACACCCAUCCAGGAGGCGGAGGAUGACAGCCGGAACGAGUGGGGUGAGCCCAAGCAACAGCCAGGCCCAGUCCAGGACUCCACCCCCACCAAGCCCAUUCAGAGCGUGGCACCCCAGACCCGCACAGACUCCAAACCCCCAUCUUCUACCCCGGACGACUAUGACCCUUUCUCAGGCUUCAGGCCCCUGCCUGCCCCCACCGCCGCAGACCCCCUGGUGGAGAUAUGGGACAGCAGCCCUGCAACCGGCAUCGCCCCCUCUCAGGCCCCACACCCUGGAGGGCAACCCCAGCCCCUGCUGAGCUUUGACGAGAUGGGGGAUGUACCAUUCUGCCCGGGGGGUCCUGAGGGGGUCGAGGAAGAGCCCUCCAGCCUAGUGGAUGUGGCCGGGACCCACGAUAUGACCCUGAGCUACCAGCAAGCACUGCAGCACGCUUCAGAUGAUACUCAGCUGAUGACCAACGGGGAGACCCUGCUCAAAGAAGGGACUCAGGCGAACGAGGGUUACUUCAGCCAAUCGCAGGAGGAGGAGAAAUGCUCUGCUAAAAUGACCCCAACAUCAGUGUUUUAUAACAAGCCACCAGAGAUUGACAUCACAUGCUGGGACACAGACCCUGUAAUGGAAGACAGCGACUAGACCAUGGCGAAGUAGUCCGGUCCGGCGGUGGAAAGCAGAAACAACGCAUCAUCAACAACGAAACAGACUUUUUUUUAAAGUAAUAAUAACAACAAGUCUUGCAUAAAAAAAAUCGGUAUAAUGUUCUAGAAGGGGAAAAAACUGAUGUUAGCCACAGAAAAGGUUUUUGAGUUAUUGUUAAAGAUGCUAAUGCGUUAAUAAUGAGCUCUUGGUUUUGUGUUUUUUUCUUUUUCUUUGAUUUCUCCUUUUUUUGCUAUGCAGAGUAAAUAGUGGGGGGUGGGGAAUACUUUCUUGAGAAUGUAUGUGUCUUCUACAGCAGACUAAACACCCUGUACCAGACAGGUAGCCUAUUAGAAUGUAUAGCAACCCUCCCCCUCCGUUCUCCCUCGUUCUGGGUAGCUACAGUAGUUGGGGAUCAGAGAGGAGUGGUGCCUAGUGUAAUCCUGUAGUCUUUGAUGUUUCAGUUUGGCCAUGGGGCAAUGGGAGGGUGGGGGCAGAUGAAGGCGUGGCGAACAUCAGACUACAGGCUGGGAUAGCAGUACCAUUGUACUACCCCAUAGUAAAACCCUGAUACAUACAAGGGAGGUAUAACGAAAUACUUGUUUUGUGCUGUACCAAGUCACUUUGAAAAGGAAUAUCUAUUGUAGUUUGUUAUCGUUGUGUUGGUUGGCAUCUCUCUCAGCAGAAAAUCUGACAUGGGGAAAAUAAGUAUGAUUUUUCUACCUAUUAGAAGUGUUCUAUAAAUUGACAUUCAGGAUCUUUGAAUCAUGGCAAUAGCGGUAGUCUCUUGUUUUGUCUAGGCAAUGACUGUAUCUAGAGCACUCAGAUGGGAAUGAGGACGUUCAUCACACAUUGUGGCACUAUGAACGGAACAGUGUGUCUUGUGCUAAGGUGGUUCUAGAGCUGCUGCAGUAGUCUCUGCUUUGUAACACUACACCUUCUUUGCAGUAGAUGACACAAAUGCACCCUUUUGCUUUCCAUGUGUAUUUAUUUCCCUUGUCCUUCUUUUAAAAUGAUGUAGUUCACAUGUACGUCCCUAGAUGGCCUCAGCACCGUUUUGUAUACUAUUGUAAUUCUAUUGUUGGACUACCUCUGUGUUGUUUUUGCACAGAUAUCAUUCUCUCACCCAGUUAUCUCGGUUCUGAUUUCACUGUUAACAGUCUAAAUGAGAACCAUUCCGGUGGAUUAGUUUUGCCAGGUGCUUUUCUAAAUGCUUUUGAUCAUCAAGCCUGAUUUUAAACGGUAUUAUUGCUCUAAUGUUUAGAAACAGGUUCUAGCUUCUUGAUGCAUCCCUCUGCACAUGGCUUAUAGACCAGUCUUCCAUUAUUUCAUCUACAGGAGGUUUCUUAUCAUUACUCUUCAAGGUUAUAGUUUCAUUCCUGAGAUGCCACUCCUUAGAUCUGAUUCUAUAUCAAUCCAGGCAUUCUUACCCAUAGAUAUAGAACACUUCUAUAGCAGCUAUAUGUUGUUAUAGCUAUGUGCUCUUACCACAGAAUUCUGAGUGGGAACCAACAAGCAAUAAGAAAAUUAACCAAUCUAGUAUUUUGUCCUGUAAAUAGCGUUUGUUUUUUAGAAAUACACAACUACAACUAAUGAACGUCUAACACUUUGUCAUUGUGGCCCUCAUGAUUAUGACACUUUGAAUUUAGGCUUGUUGUGGGAUUGAAUGAGAUGUUUAAAUAAAGUUUCUUUGAAGCGAAAUAUGAAAUGUGAUUCCAUAUCCCUACCAGCCUUUUUCUGUAUAUGAGAAUGAAAGAAUGCUUAGUAAGAGCCGACCAACCUGCAUCUUUAGCAAUAACUGACACCCUUUCUACAUGAUUUCAAUGUAUACUUCUUCACCCUGAUAACCUCCUGGGUAGGAAUUAUUAUUCUCUCCCGAUCACACUACUAGGAGACUACUACUACUACUCUACUACUACUACUACCCCUCUUUGCCCCAAAGCAAGGCUUAGCUGUUCCUUGUCUUAUCUCUCUUUUCAUUUAAAAUAUAUUUUAUUUAUCUUCCCUCUUUUCCAUCCGCUUCUCACACGCUCUGUUUUUUAAAUAAGCACAAGAUCUUUUGUGACAUGCUAAGUGCUGAUGUAUGUUAAUAAAAUACUU